GAGUAAAUUACUUUUUCUCUCACAUUUCUACAUUGAUACUCCAAGCAAAUUUUACGUUUAGGCUGCAGAUGAAUUCUGCGAGCAGAGCGCUCCAGUCUGGUUGGUGGGAUCAUGUAAAGGCCUGCUCUCCGGUAACAUCGAUCUUAUAAUUGAAAUGAUGAAGGCUGCAGAUGAAUUCUGCGAGCAGAGCGCUCCAGUCUGGUUGGUGGGAUCAUGUAAAGGCCUGCUCUCGGGUAACAUCGAUCUUAUAAUUGAAAUGAUGAAGGUAUAGUA